GUAGCUAUUGUCCGUUACCCAUGCCGAUAGCAACUGGGAUUUCUUGGCCCAGCCAUGGAUGUAUUGUCGAUAUGGGUUUGAUGACCAUGCAGGAGGCUAGUGACAACUCACCUUGAAAUCAGCCGCCAGCCGCCAGCCACAGGCAAGUCUGGGAGAUUCAGGCACCAUGCGAUGCAGUGCCAGGUUCUGGACCGGAGAUCCCUACCUCUGAAGCUGGCAUCUCUUUGGCGUUGUAUGGCUGUGUGCCGAGGCAGCGCUGUCCCCCCGGUACGCGUAUCCCGAAUUGCCAAACCGGGCGAUUUUUCGGACUCGUCUGCUGGCUCUCGACAUGCGUGCGUAGGUCACGCAGCAUAUGCCAAGUUUCCCCCCCUCUCGGGAUAAUCAAAGUCCCACCGCAGCGCAACAUUUCGAGAACAUGCUGAAUCAUGAUCGUGUGCCAGCUCCCACCUCCGAGCACCCACGCGGUCCAAUGGCGGUUGGCAGGUUACAUCCUGUCAGAUGUUCCGUGCAGGCCAUGCCUAUGGCAUGCCAGGACUGCCAUGUCAUGCCGGCGCCACCUCCGCCAAAUGUUUCCUGGAAAACUGACGGGAGGUUGUCUCCGGCAUUCGGCAAACGGGCUAAUGAAAUGUGCCACGACAACAACGCAACGGAGGGAACACCCGCAACGGACAGAAACCCCCUCAAAAGAGAUCGAACCAGAUUGUCGCUAGUCCCAGAGCGUACAGGGCUUAAUCAAGUGGAGGCGGAGGCUGGAAACCCCGCGUCAAAACGAGCAAGGAAGAGGAUAAGGCAAGGUGAUGCCAAGAGGAGAGAGAGGCGAAGCUGGGCAAGGUACCGACCCCAUGCAUCUGUUUUGGGUGCUAGUUAGUUAUUGAGAUAACCUACCAACCUGUAUUACGCAGUAGUGUAGUUUUUGUAGGUAGGUACCAGGUAGCUAGCUCCCCUUGACUCUCUCUAUCUGGCCCAAGCUAAGAAGCUACCCUAGUUUACGUCUUAGGUCGAACAUCAACAGGCACACUCCAGCGAGCUGCGCAGCGAAGUGCAGGC